AUGAAGGAAGCAGGAAAUGAUCCUGGUCGCUCUAAUACCACACAUCACUUUGGUAAUGAGUCUACUACUUCCUCAUUAAUUAAGGUUGGGGUCAUUUUGCCAUCAAGUUCUGGUCAUUUUGCUUUUGGUUUUUACCCACAAGGAAGUGGCUUUGCUGUUGGGAUAUGGUUGGUUAGUCCAUCUGAAAACACAACCACUGUUGUAUGGACUGCUAACCGUGAUGCUCCACCAGUCUCCACUAAUUCGAUAUUGAAUUUGACUGAGGGAGGCCUGCUUCUUCAAAAUGGAAAUGGAGACUCACCUAAGAAGUUAGACUCGGAAAGUCCAUAUAGAUUGUUAAUCUCAUGGGCAUCUAUGGAUGAUUCUGGCAACUUUGUGUUUUAUGAUGUGGAUUCUUACAUUAUCUGGCAAAGCUUUGAUCACCCAACUGACACCAUAUUAGGAGGUCAGAAUUUGACUAUUGAUGAUGAGUUAGUCUCUAGUAUUUCCAAAUCAGACCAUUCAAGUGGACGUUUCUAUCUAAGCAUGCAAACUGAUGGAAGCCUUGUGGCUUACCCUUUUUACAGCUCCAGAGACCUUGAGGAUGCUUACUGGUCUAUAGAAGGUCAGACAUCCUUCAAAAUACUCAGUCUUAACAAUCAAGGCUUUCUUUGUCUAUAUUGUGAUCUGUUUAAUAGUUUCAUGAUUUACCAAUGCUCAAACUUAAAAGGCUUAUGUUUCAACGAUGGCAAUAAGCCUAGAAAGAAGUCACCUAACAAUACAACUUCAAUCUACCGUGCAACACUUGACAUAGAUGGAAACUUGAGAUUGUAUGAGCACCAAUUUCACUUUGAGGGAAACAAUACUACUACUAGCUCACGUGUGGAAAUGCUGUGGCAAGCACUUAAUGAUACAUGUGAAGUGAAGGGUUUUUGUGGGUUGAACAGUUAUUGCUCCUCCAACAUGAGUGGUGAUGCUGUCUGCAAGUGUUAUCCUGGUUUCGUCCCUUCCAUGACUCAAAACAGUGCUAAUAUGGACUGCGUACGGAUGCAUAGCAAAGAUGAUUGUGAAAGCAGUGAAGACCCGGCGAUGUUGUAUAAUAUUACUCACCUUGAGAAUAUGUCUUGGGGUGAUAUUCCAUAUUCUGUUAUUCUCGGGAUGAAGAUGGAAACUUGUGAUAAGGCUUGCCAAGAAGAUUGUGUUUGUGGGGGAGCAAUAUAUACAAACGAAACUUGCAUUAAAUAUAGACUUCCACUUAUUUAUGGCAGGUUUCAGAAUGAUACCUCCACCGUGUCUUUGGCCAUAUUCAAGAUUCCUUCUUCAACAACUGCCAUUAUUUCACCUCCAACCUCAAACGAGAUCAACUUGCAUAAGCCCAAUGUUGUUUAUGACAACAAGAGAAAUCUCAUAAUGAUCCUAGCUUUUACUUUGGGUUCCGUUUCAUUGAUUUGUUUGGUCUUUGCAGUGUCCAUUUUCUUCACUUACAGGCGUCAAGUUCAUAGAUACGCAGUGUUGUCUGAAAGUGAUAAACUUGGAUUUACUGAAGAAUGUUCCUUGCGUUCAUUUUCUCUUGACGAACUUGCGGAAUCAACUGGUGGCUUUUCAGAAGAGAUAGGGAGAGGAUCAUUUGGAGCUGUUUAUAAAGGUACAAUAGGCGACAACAACAGAAGUAUUGCUGUGAAGAGACUAGAGGAGAGAAUUACCGAUGAAGGGGAGAGGGAAUUCCAAGCUGAAAUUACUGCCAUAGCUCGAACUCAUCAUAGGAAUUUGGUUAAGCUUAUUGGUUUUUGUAUUGAAGGGUCCAAGAAGCUUCUUGUUUAUGAAUUUGUCAGCAAAGGAUCUCUUGCAAAUCUCCUUUUUGAAUGGGAAAUAAGAUUACCUUGGAAAGAGAGAAUGAAACUUGCAUUGGACGUGGCCAGAGGACUACUCUAUCUACACGAAGAGUGUGAAGUCCAAAUCAUCCAUUGCAAUAUAAAUCCUCGAAAUAUACUUAUGGAUGAAGCAUGGACUGCUAAAAUAUCUGAUUUUGGAUUCUCAAGGCUAUUAAAGAGAGGCCACUCUAGGACUAAAAAAGGGGAUGAUGGCACAAGCAGGUACUUAGCUCCUGAAUGGCAGAAGGACGAUGCAUCAGUAUCAGUAAAAGCUGAUAUUUAUAGUUUUGGGGUGGUAUUAUUGGAGAUUACCUGUCGUAGAAGAAGUAUAGAAAUGAAUAAUAUAUCCUCAGCUGACGAAAUCCUUCUUUCCAGUUGGGUAUAUCAAUGUUUUGCAGCAGGACAAUUAAACAAGCUUAUCACACGUGAUGAAAAAGAUGUGGAUUGGAAGAUAUUGGAAAGAAUGGUGAAGGUGGGGCUGUGGUGUGUGCAAGAUCACCAAUCUCUCCGUCCUGCAAUAAAGAAUAUAAUCUUAAUGUUAGAAGGUUUGAAAGAUAUUCCACUUCCUCCUUCUCCAGCUCGCUUAGUUGAAUAGUCUUGUAGGGGCAUUAUGUUUUUUGUCUGUGUUAUUUAUUAUCUAUGCUAUUGCAUUAUGAAUAUGAUAUGAAUUUUUGUACCA